AGGAGAAUAUGGCGAAAGAUGCUGACUACGGCACGUUCAGCGGCAACCACUUCCGCGCCACCCUCAGGUGGAACGCGAGUGUAGACCUCGACCUUCGUAUGGUGGUCAAGGGGCAGAGCCUUUUCAGAACCGACAAGGUGAUGCGCAUCAACUGGGGCGAAGAGAAAGACAGCGUCUUCAACUUGGAGGCAGACGAGCGCGGUGGAAACGACGGCCUCAAAUCAGAGGUGAUCUCUUUCAGGGAUGAUUGGCAGAUGACGGCACGGAAGUUUUUGGGUGGGACGUGGGACCAUCCUCCCGACGGCCAGUACUGGAUCUCUGCGCAAUAUUUCUCAAGCCAGAUUGGCAGCCAGCAGCCCGUUGAGCCUCCAGCUGACAAGCUCCAAGACGAAAUCCUGUACGAUGCCGACCUCUUCCUGGGCGAGGAACUUGACUCGGGUAAGCCUCGACAAGCUGGUGCCGUGCGAGGGAAACUGAAGUGGGAUUCGAACAUGGAUAAGCGGACCGUUCUGCUGUUCGGCUUCGAGAAAUCGGGCAACAGCAUCAGUGGCUUCAGCCCGACGGAGGUGCCCGAAGACCACUGGCGGCAGCCGAGGAACGGCUGGUGGUGACGCCGAGCGGCCAAAUUAUUGUGCCUGCUAGCGGCAGCUCCUUGCCGUAUGCCGCUAUGUCCUUUUUGGUUGUUCCUUCUAGCAAUAUCCGCCCUCCUAUCUUGAUCGUUUGCCCAUACGUUCGUACUUUUUCAGCCUCGUCGCGCCAGGAAAGGCAGAGGCGACAGGGAUGCUCACACAUGAAGAAAGAGGGCAGC